AUGCAUGCAUACGAAUCCCCUCAAGAUCCUUCAGCACAACUUACCACCGUGUUGAACUGGAUCGAUGCUUUGUCCCGUCGUGACUUCAGUGCCUGCGGAGAGCUCAUGGCGGAGGACUAUAAACAUUCCGUGUUGCCGGGAAGUAAAGGGCCCGUGGCGUCAAACAGGCGAGAGGGAAUCGACGUCGCAGAGAAAGCAACGAGACCCUUGAAGACUAUUAAGUUUGAGUUAUACGCUGUCAACGAGUCGCCGGGGAACAUAUGGAUCCAUUUGAUGCAACGUGCAGUAACGAAUGAAGGAGAUCAUACCAACGCCGAGUCUAUGCAGCUCUUCGCACUGGAUCAAGGUCCGGACCCGAAGAUCACAGUGAUGGACGAAUUCGUGGGCACAAAGAAGGCAGAGUGAUCGCCAGGAUUGAGGGUCAGAGACAGUGGAUGGUCAUUGAAACCAACGUGUACUGAGGUUGAGAAUUUGAGGAUACUUUCGUGUACC